UUCAGAUCAUAACAACCGUGUGAUACGAGAGUGAAGGAGCAACCAACAGCGUUUAGUAGCGGCGUUGACCGAGAUACAAUGGCCAACAUAAACUUUGCAGAGCGAGAAAACGCAGGUCUUCAUCCACUUAAUUUGAAGAUGCGUCAGCGCCUCCAGUCUGCUCCAGAGAGACUCUUAUCUCCUAUGAAUGCCAAAACCUUCCACACUCCUCUGGCAUUUGGUCGUAAGGCUUUUGGUGCUGUCAACAAAAAAAUCUCAACCCCUGUCGUCAACACACAAGAGAAGUUAAAGCCACAGGAAAUGAAAGUCAAACACGCUUCUCUGAUCAAAGUGGAGGAAUACCCAGAUAUUGAGAAGUUCAUCCCUUAUGACCCUCUAGAGUUUGAGAAGUACAGCGUACCUGAGGAUCUGAUUCCUCUCGGGGGCUUUGCUCUGCCUGGACUGGCCUGUUUCCCACCAGCUCCUCGUCUGUGUGAGGACGACCUGGAAAUGUUUGAGCCACUCUCAAACCAGUCUCCUGUAAAGAUGCCAAAAUGUUCAGAUCAUUACUCAGAGCUGGACGCCUUUCUGCAAACACUCGAUGAGCUGACUGUUGAACUUCCUCCAGAACCUUUUACCGACUGAAUGUUGAUGCAUGUUUUUUUUUUUUUUUUUGUUUUUUUAUUAUGACAUUUU